AUGUUACCACCAGUUGAGGCGUCCGUUCUCCAGAACAACCCCGAGUUCGCGACGCUGCAUCAUGCUCUCACAACCGCAAUCCUGAACCCUGACGGCUCAACCAAGAGACCUGCGACAAAGGAGCAGAACUCGAUCAAGAACGAACUCGCAGACAACAGGUUCGCCGCCGCGAAGGACCACCUGCUAAUAAGCGCCAUCUCCAACACCGCCCCUCCCGAACCCAAACCCGCCCCCGCGAGGACAAUCACCCGUAGCAAAUCCGCCGCGCAACCUGCCUCGGCACCGCAAUCGCAACACCUCCCCGAAUCACUCCUUGACCUCCUCCUCCUCCUCCCGCCCCUCCUCACAGCCACCGAGGCCCUCCCCACCGACUCCCUAUCGAUCCUCCUCUCCAACCCGCCCUUUACCGAGUUCCAAUCCCUCCUCCCCCAGCUCGGCGACCUCGUCUCCACGACGCUGCACACCUCUGCCGUCUCCCUCGCACGAAUCGCGAACCCGACCACGAACCCCUCCUUCCUGCACCGCAACGUGCCGGCCUUGCAAACUACAUACCACAAGCUCGAGACCGACGUCCGCGAGGCCAAGCAUGCGCUGGCGAGGGAACGGUUGCGCGUCGCGGGAAGCCUGACGGAGGUGCUGGACAAGCACGCCGGGGCCCUCACGUUACUGAUUCGCGCGCUCGAGGCGAAGCACGGCCUCGUCGCGCGGAGCUUGGAGUUUCGGGCGGCGGAGACGGGGCUGGAGGCGCAAAGGGCCGAAGCGGAUGCCGUUGCUGCGCGCGAAGGUGUCAGGAGGGAGGUGUACUCGCCCGAGAUGGUGGCUGCGCUGAGCAACUACGCCGCGCACUUGAGGAACGCGAGGAUGCGGCUCGAGAGCACGGUCAUGACGUUGCGCGCUGAGCUGGAAGGGUACGGGGUCGGGAUGGAGGGCGACGAGGGCAAGGAGAGGAUGAUGAGGGAGAUGGCGAAGAAGAAGCGGCAGCUUGAGAGGGAGUUGGAGGAUGCCAGUAGGGACCUGGCACGGUUGGACAAGGCAUGA